AAUUAAACUUUUACUUUAAAAUUUGCAGAUUACUAAGUCAUUAUAAUAAAGACACAUUCCCUCUCCAUAAUCUAGCAUUCAAACACUUUAAAAGUUAAUGUAAAUGAAAAAUUCCUAUGUGUGCUUCUAAAAAUAGCUCGUGAUAGACAGAAAUUGACCAUUUCCAGUAAAUCACAGUGUUGGUUGUUACUAAAAAUAGAUUUUAACCAUCAACUUUGAAAAUUAAUAUCUAAAGAGUGCGCCAAGCUACAAAGUUCAAACUUAGCACACAUAUAUAUUAACAUGCUAAAUUCAAUAGAAUUAGUGAGAUUGUUGUAACCAUAAACACUUUUAUUUUAUUUAAAAAAGAAAAUUUUACCCUUCUUUGUCUUUGUUAAUUUUAAUAUUAAAUAUCUUUAAAGUGCGCCAAGAGAAUUUAAUGAAAUUUGAAAUAUACACAUUUCAUAAUAUGAUAAAUUAUUGUAGCAAACAGCAUUGUUGUAACUUUUAUAGGAAAAAAGUAGUAAAAAUGUCAACUUUCACAUAAACUUUUGUUAAGAAAAAUUUAACAGAUUGGCUUCAAAAGCAAAUAAAAAUGAUCUCUGAUAUCUUAUGUUUACAAAAAGUAAUCAUAAUUAGUCCUCAAAUCAAAUACAAUAUGCUAAAACUUUGAUGGAAAUGACCACCCCUAAAAAAGGGUAAAAUGUGCUGACACACUUUUCAGCCAUUUUUUGGGGAGAAAAAAAAAAGGAUCUAGGUCAGUUUAUCGAAGUACCUACCCAUAUGAAAGCUGCCUAAAUACUGCAGUAGGACAUAGAAGUACUUCAUAAUCAAACACCUCAUCACAUGCUGCUUAUCACAUAUAUAGCAAUAAUGUCCACGUUAUAGACCUUUGAUCUAUAUCAUGUUCACAACCUGGGAUUCUUUUCUCGUUGCUGUCGUUGACCACCACCUCAAGUUACAAAGAUUCUUACAUCAUUAUAAAGUUCUACCUAACUUAUUUCAUGACAAGAUUCAUCAUCAAGUACUGCGUGGUUCCUCAUGAACCAUUUUUAUCAUCAGCUACUGUUUCAACAUAAAUAAGGACCAGAGUUUUUCUUUCGUUGUGAACUUCAGUCUCGCCAUGUCACAUUAUAUCAGCAUUUCUUACCAUCUAUAACAUUUAUACUGCACAGCAUACAUAUGUGCAUUACACUGCAUUAUCAGCUCAAUGGCUAUAUAUAUAUUAUAUUACAAUGAAGGACUAUCUACUAUAAAGGCACUGCACUCUACAAUUAUUCAGUCACCUUAAACAUACAAGUUGCAUUUAUUUUCAAGUACUGGUGCCAUUCUUUUCAUUGGAUUUACUAUUGUGUGUACUCUAUCAAACUACUAGUGUGAGUACAAAUAACAUUAGGUGCUUAUGAAAAAAAAUGCAGGCCUGAAACCUGAGAAAGACUAGAUUCUAAAUUAAUUGAACUGGUGUAAAGAGUAAAAGACAUUUUAAUUGGUUACAAUGGCUGAAAAUGCUGUCCGCAGAAGACGCUGAGAUGUCCUGAAUAAUGUCUGUGAUCACUUUGCAGCUUGGACAGUGUGGUAAUCAGGUUGGUGAACAGACAUUUUCAACUCUUAUAGACGAUGUCUACAGCAAGUCAAUAGGUGUCAGCAGUCAGGACAACCAUGACUAUAUUCAAACUUGCCUCUCCACAUUCUUUUCUCAACCUGAAUCCAAAAGUCGAGAUGGAUCGUUUGAUCUUCCUAAGGCUAGAGCAGUUCUUGUUGACAUGGAAACUAAAGCUGUUGCCCAAUCACUUCAACAAGCUCGAAAGAGUGGUAAGUGGAGCUACUGCCCAGAGCAGUGGUAUUCACAGAAAAGAGGCUCUGGAAAUAAUUGGGCCUAUGGCUAUUGUGUUCAUGGCCCUAGAUCUCAGGAUGAUAUAAUGAAUCUAGUAAGGAGAGAAGUUGAGAAAUGUGAUCGCUUGGGAGGAUUCAUUAAUUUUCUUAGCCUGGCUGGGGGAACAGGAUCUGGUGUUGGUGCAUUUGUUACUCAAAGUUUAAGAGAUGAAUAUCCUUUUUCAUUUAUUGUUAAUCAGGUUGUUUGGCCGUAUAGCACUGGAGAAGUUAUUGUACAGAAUUACAAUGCCGUUUUAACAUUAUCACAUUUAUAUGACACGGCUGAUGCCAUUUUGGUUAUGGAAAAUGAUUCUCUACACAAGAUUUGUUCUCAGUUGCUGAACAUUAAAAACAUUUCCUUCAGAGAUAUCAACAAAGUUAUCGCUCAUAAAAUGACCAGUGUCUUACAGCCUAGUUUAGCUGCAGAUCUGGGCACAAAACAUACUUGUGAUUUAGGCUACAUUGUUGAACGACUAACACCACAUCCACAACAUAAGUUGUUAACAGUUAAAAAUAUUCCCCAGAUGUCAGAUAUCGCUAAAGAAUUCAGUACAUACCAGUGGCCUGGGUUGUUAAAAAAUUUACGCCAGAUGCUGAUAGCUGAUUCUCCCAUGGAAGAAGGUAUCAAUUGGGAAGUGAAGCCAGCCACAAGGACUGAAAGUGGGCACACAUGUUUCAAUAGAUCCAUAUCAACACUUCUUGUGCUUCGAGGGAAAGAGACAUUAUCCCUUGAUGCUAGCAUGUUUUCUGACCCCAACAUUUAUGCGCCUUGGGUGCCACAGGAUUUAGCAUCAUGUGUUUUUCGACAGCCAAGAUGGUUUUGUGGCUAUGAAAAGGCAGCAACACUUGUGGGAAACAGCUCUGCUAGUGUGAAACCAUUGAACAAAAUUAUAGAUAAAGCUUGGAAUAUGUUUGCUUCCAGAGCCUAUGUUCAUCAAUACCUCAAACAUGGUUUAACAGAAGAAGACUUCCUAGAUUCCUUUGUCAGCUUGGAAAAAGUAAUUGAUAGCUACACUAAAUUAUAGCACACCCCAAUUGAGACUUUGUCAGCAUUAUUGGAUAUUGUGUGUUUUAAAUAAAAUAAAGCUUCUAUAAUUCUAGUUUUUAUGUGACUGUUAUUGUGCAUGCUUUAUUCCAUUGUAAUUGAUAAAUGCAUUUUCUUAGAAAUAUUUUUUGUAAAAGGACAUUGAGUAAUGUAUAAGUAGGUAGGUUAACAACUAUAAUAAUUCAAGGCUUGUAAUGUUUACCCUGAGUCAAAUUAUUGCGCUGUAAUUUUAUUACAUUAUAUUAGCAAACAAGCAGGCAUGUACAUUAUACAAGUUUCUCUAAGCAUUUUGAUUGUAACAGCUUUAUUUAUUUUUUCUUAAGCCAUUUCCUGGCAUCUCUAUAAGUACCUCAAGGCUUUACAGUACACUUCAUAAAGUGCCAGUAGUGAUAGCAUCAAGUUUCUUUAGUAACCUUUCUUAAUCUAAUAUAAUAAAGCUUUUCUUCAAGUUGGAAGAUUGAGUACAGUAUUUCACAUGGCUACACAGUCCCAGCUUCAUUCUACACAUCCAGCAUAGACCUAACCAGAAGUGGUCAAUUUAGGUUCUCUUUUUGCAAUGAAUUUUCUCUAAAAUAUAUCUCCCCAUGCCUUUGUAACAAAUGUGGACAUUCCAGCAGAAGACUUGAAAAGGUAUCUGUUUUUCGACUCUGUUGCAGCUAGUCAUUUUGUACGCUAGUUAUAUAAAAUACUGUACUACAUGAAGCCUGUGCUGAGUGUUUUUUAAGUGAUAAUUGGCUUGCCCAGGCCAAUACCGCUCUUUACACUAGACUCUGUUCACAGUGGCACAGAAGUCUGAGAUGGCCGUGAACAGAUAUUUGUAGCUUUUAUUUCAGAGUCUGCUCAAAGGCUGAAUUAUAGUUGUGUUAUUUAAACAAAAACAAGCUGAAGCUGACACAUCCGCUUUGUUUAGACUACUUCACUUUUUAAAUUAUCAUUCUCCAUUAUUUUAUUAGAAAUAAUUCUAAAAACUAUUUUCUGUAGGUAACUAUAAAUGUUACUUUUGCUUUUAAAGCUAAUUUUUUUCUAAGUCAUUAUAGAAAAACUAGUCGACCCAGGGCGUAGCAUACGGCGUUAUUUUGCAGGGCCGGCCUUAGUCCAAUGCAACCUAUGCAACCGCAGUGGGCCCCACACUUUCAAAGGACCCACGCUAAUUCUAGGUGUAAAUGAAUAAAUUAAACCAUUUUAUAGCUUAUCAGAAUUUCCACAGCCUCCUGAUUUACCACGAGCUCCUUGAAAUCUCCUGAAAUUUCAAAAUAUAACGAAAAAGUCCUGGAAAUCUCCAGAAAUUUUAAAAAUCUUUUGAAAACUCAUUAAAAUCUCCUAAAAUUUAGACAAAAUUGUCAUUUUGGGGUGUCAUUCAAAAUGGAAAACACCAAUCCUACGCACGAUGGGAAAAAAAAACGGCAUUAUGCAAUACCCAUAAUUGUGGAAUCUGAUGAAAGAAGCUUCUCGCGCCUCAAACUAAUGAAGAAUAAUUUGAGGUCAACAAUUCCCGAAGAUAGAUUGAAACAUUUCGUAAUUCUUGCUAUGGAGCAUGAUCUAUGUAGGAAACAGAAUUUUUAUGAUAUACUGUAUGUUUUUAUGAUAUACUGUAUGGCUUCACUACACGCAACUUGUAAAGUAAUUCUGCAGGUAGUAAAGAAUGAAUAAAAUGCAAAGACAAGUUUAUUUUCUAAUACAAAUUCUUAAUUUUCACUUAUUAUCCAUAUCCCUACCCAAACUUGGUCCCACCAAAUUCGUUUCACAUAGAGCCCCUCAACGGUUCUGUCCGGCCCUGCUAUUUAGUGACGGGUGAAUACAGAGUAGAUUACUUGUUCUCCUCUUCCCCCUCUUUUUUUCAAUGCUAAAGCCUUGUGGGGUAGAAAUAAAAAAGAGUGAUCUUUCCAUGACUUCCUGGUCACAACUGUUAAGUUCGGCCCUGCUAUUUUGUGUCGGGUGAAUACUACUUUUUCCCCUUCCCUUUUUUUUUUUUCAUAGGGUAACUCUAGUCCGACUUGCAGAAAUAAAAGAGUGAUUUUCCCUUUACUUCUUGUCCAAACUCUUGAGCCAUGAAGAGAAUAACAUAUAUAUAGAUGUUCAUGAUGUAUUUUAAUGAAUUAUUUUUAUAUAUUCAUUGGCAGCAUUUAUAUUUAUACAUGUUUCAAGCUAAACAGAAAUUUACAACUAAUUGAUUGAAAUGUUUUAAAUCUUGAUUAAACUUAAUGAAACCAUCAAAUAUCCACAUAGUUUUGAUGUGCAAAUUGAAUGAAUAUUUCUGAAACAUUGAGAAAAAAAAAUUCUCUAAUGUAUGUUAGCAAAGCUCCAUUUCCUUGAAUUCAAAACACUUGUGAUUUUGUUUCUUCUAAAUUAACAAGACUCCAAACCUUAACUGCAUCUCUACUACUGAAUAUGAUAAACUAUUUAUGAACUUUAAUGCAUUGAUCUCAAUAAAUUAUUUUUAAUCUA